CUUUUGGAGGCAUAUUCUCCCUUUCAAUACUUUCUCCCUCGAUCCGCAGUGUUAGCUCAGCGUCUGUCCGAGCGGACCCGCUUUAUCAUGGCCGUCUGAAUCUGGAUCCGAUCACACUCUCGAGUCUCAUCUCCUUUCCCCCCAUUUUCCUGACGUCGAGAAUUAACUGUCGGUGUCGAUCGUUUUGCGAAUCGUUUCUUGUGGACUAUCACUUUAUUUGUGCCAAUGUUCAAACAUGCAGCCUCCGCCGAGAAAGGUAAAAGUGACACAGGAACUGAGGAACACACAUAUCGAUCAGAUCAGCCGUCUCCACCUCAAACAUCAGACGGAAUGUGAUUUCUUAGAAGAUAUGAGAUCGUACAGUCAGAAAAAGGCCACACUGGAGAGAGAUUACGCACAGGCCCUGCAGAAGUUGGCGAGUCAGUAUUUGAAGAGGGAUUGGCCCGGUAUCAAACCAGACGACCAGAGAACCGACUACAGGAAUGUGUAUGGAGUGUGGAGAGCGUAUCUGGAGGGCACCGUGCAGGUGACCCAAUCGCGCCUCAGCGUCUGCGAGAACUACAAGAACGAGAUUUCAGAGCCGGCCAAAACCGUUCGUUUCUACAAAGAGCAGCAGCUGAAGAAGUGCAUUGAGCAGCUGGUCCGAAUCCAGGCGGAACUCCAGGACUCGGUGAAAGAUCUGGCCAAGUCCAAAAAGAAAUACUUUGAGUUGGAGCAGAUGGCCCAGGCCGUGCGAGAGAAGGCUGACAUCGAGUCCAAGUCAAAGCUCGGCCUCUUCCAGUCCAGGAUUAGUUUACAGAAGGCCAGUGUGAAGUUGAAAGCCAAGAGAAGCGAUUGUAACUCAAAAGCGACACACGCGAGGAACGAAUAUCUGCUCACGCUGGCGGCGGCCAACGCACAUCACGACCGCUACUAUCAGACCGACCUGGUGAACUGCAUCAAGGGUCUGGAGGGAAACGUGUACGACCAUGUGAAGGACUAUCUCAUAUCCUUUUGUCGUACUGAAUUGGAAGCAUUUCAAGCCAUCCACAACACCUUCCAGUUCCUCCUGGAGAAGUCCAGCCGGGUUAUGCAGGACUUCAACCAGCAGUUGUUUCUGCAGGAGAACCCCGUGUUUCACAAAUCACAAGACUUUCAGUUCCAGCCCUGUGAGAGCGAUAUGACUCUCGGUUCCGUCCAGCGGUUGGUGGACAUUGAGCCGUCGGCCGUCAGUGUGAUGAGAAUGACUCUGGCGCAGAGUCGGCAGCUGGAGUCGGAGACGGGCACCACCGAAGAACACAGUCUCAACAAAGAGGCGAGGAAAUGGGCCACGCGGGUGGCCCGCGAACACAAAAACGUCAUCCAUUACAAACGGACUCUUGAGGAGUGCGAGACGCUCGGGACUCCGACCACAGAACAGAGCCGGAAUGAGCUGGAAUUCCGAAUAGAGGAAGCCAAAGAGAAAAUCCGUAAAGCAGAGACGGUGAAGCUGAAGGCUGAAGCUCGUCUGGAUCUUCUGCGGCAGGUGGGCGUCUCAGUGGACACGUGGUUAAAGAGCGCCAUGAAUCAGGUGAUGGAGGAGUUAGAGAAUGAGCGCUGGGCAUCGCUGCCCACCCUCACCACCCACGACCUCUCUCUUUCAACCACGGUGGAUUUGGAGCGAGAGGAAGGAGAAGAAUUAGAGGAGAACAUGGAAACGCAUGACGACAGCAGCUCAAGUCCUUCAGGGACCUUGAGGAACUAUCCGCUCACCUGUAAGGUGCUUUACUCCUACAAGGCCUCCCAGCCGGAUGAGCUAACAAUCGAUGAGCAUGAGAUGUUGGAGGUCAUAGAAGAUGGAGACAUGGAGGACUGGGUGAAGGCGCGGAAUAAGUCCGGUCUGGUGGGCUACGUUCCGGAGAAAUACCUGCAGAUCCCCACGUCCAACAGCAUUCUGAGCAUGCUGCAGUCUCUCGCCGCUCUGGACUCGCGGUCGCACACCUCCAGUAACUCAACAGAACCCGAGCUGACCUCUGGAAGCUUCAACGGAGACGCCAGCAUGAGUUUUGUUAAGGCCAUGUACGACUAUGAGGGUCAGACAGACGACGAGCUGUCCUUCCCCGAGGGCGCCAUCAUCCGCAUCCUCAACAAAGACAACCAGGAGGACGACGGCUUUUGGGAGGGCGAGUUUAACGGGCGAGUGGGCGUCUUUCCGUCCGUGCUGGUGGAGGAUCUGACGGCGUCGGAGAACGGAGACUCUCACUGGCUGACGGACGCGCAAGUGUCACCGUGCCAAAGGCUUCAUGCAUCUCUUCCUCCUCUACCGUUAUACGAUCAGCCUCCAUGCAGUCCGUACACGAGCCCGGAGACAAGCUCCGCCCCCUCCCUGCCCCGCUCGCCGUCCGUCAACGGAGAACACAAACUGCCUGUGCUGCAGAAAGCACCUGUUCACAAUCACAGUUCCACCUUAAGUCCAGAGAGUCCAGGUUUCUCGCAACCGUUGAGACUCACUCCAGAGGGAUCCGGGCCUGGCAAACUCAGACCCGUUCGGGCAGCUCCUCCUCCUCCAAAGCAACACCCCCGCAAGCCUGUGGAGAAAACUGAAGAGGUGGAGAUCACGCUGGUGUAGAGCUCCGCCCCACUGGCCGGAGAACAACCCCAUUUGACCUCCAACCCCUCUCACUGCUCUCCGGAGGGGCGGGGCUUUCUUUAUUCCACCCUAUGAGCAUCCUUAUUUCCCUGAGGGCCGGAGAACAGCAUCUCGACGGCAUCGCCACCUCUUUUCCUAAAAACACCUACACAGACUGUUUGGUGCCUUAAAGCGCUUUCAUGCCAAACGUUAAUCCUUGUAUUCGUAAUUCUUGUACAAAGUUCAUAAAUCCACUCAACGACAGCAGCAUUUACGCAAAUAGACUGAUGAGUAGAAAGGAGGAUUUUGUAGGUGUUUGUUGAUUCGGCAGACUUGCACAUUCAUACCUUCAGCGGGCUUUUCAAAGAGCCGGACAUGCAAUACUAGGAACGCUGGGAGAAUACAGAAGGGGUCGGUCGGGAAUAUUUACCAUUUACGUAUUUUCAUGUGUAACAGCACAGUACAUUACUGUCGUCAUAGGAAUGUGUGAGAUCAAAGGGACAUCUCAAGGAGAAAGGGAACUGGACAUACGGUUGUAUGAAAAGAGAGGAGGAGAAAAGUGGAAAGAGGGGACGGAGACGAGAGCUAGACAGAAGAGAAGAGAGGCGGGUUCCUUUCCUCUUUUCUGCUCUUUUGCCUCCUUCCCCCAGCCGGGAUAUUUCUCUUUUGUCGUGUUGAUCUGAAAAAUGUACUAACCUUCAAAACUAUAUCCUUCCUCAGCUUUUCAUUAUGAAGACCAGUGUUUGUACGUAUUACUAAUAUUUAGUCCUCAAAAGAACUCGCGGAGACCGAUUUAAGGAUGUUGUGACGUUUCUGAGCGAAAAUGUGUUGACGUGCGUGCGUGCGUGCGUGCGUGCGUGUGUGUGUGUGUGUGAUCGGGCGGAACAUAAUCAUUGAAAUAUACAGAUGAAUAUACAAAUAUCAGUUAAAGUGCUUUUUCCAGCCUAACGCAUUUGUCAUUGUAUCACCACUGUCCAGAACAACACAAGACAUUUUUUCUUGUCUUUUUUUGGCAGUAUUUAAAUGGGGAUGAACCUGUUUGGUUCCCUCAGACAAGCACAGAAAAGACUGAUAUGUGAUGGAAAGACUGAUAUGGAGACGUUUCGUUUGAAUCUUUUGUUGUGUCCUAAGUGCAUUUCCUCUGUACGGGGGCAGCUAUGUUCUUUUGUUUUUCUUUUGUGGCAUUUCAUUGGUACAAUUGAAAUGCGUGUCAUUUACUUCAUCGUGGAUUUAUCACCUGUAAAGUUCUCCAUGUGCAUAUCUUUUAACUUGUCCCUGCACUUUUCUGGAUUCACAGUGCUUUGACUGACCCUUUAUUUUAUACGGUUUUAUUUGUCUUAGUAUCCCAGCUGCCUCUCGUCAAUGCUCAAGCUGCCCGAGGUUGUGUUAUUAAUCUUGUACGUGUGAUUGGUUAUAAUUUUCCCACACAGUUAUGUAAGAGAUAUGUUUAUUCCAUAAUAUAGACGAUGGAAAGAGAUAAAAAAGCUCCAUUUUGUGAAAUGGUACCAUAGUUCUGUUAAGCAAGAACAGGGUGAUUAUGAAAAGAACUUGAGUGUGUAAGAGUGAGAUGUCGUAGAAAAACAAACAUUUGUUCGGUAGCCUUUUUUUUAUCAGAGCGGAAGAUGUUGGAAAAUCUUCUCUUUGUUUUCUAUUUUCCUCGAUCACAGCCUAUUUUCUUGUUGAUCUCGUUGAGAUCUUUUGAAUGUUAUCAAACUUGUUUUGAAGUUUAUGGUUAGAGGUUAAAGCCCAUCGUGUCAAAAAUUGUUCUCGCCUACAAAACGAACGCAAAUUUAGGAUUUUUUUAUGACGCUCCCAGUUUUCUUGGCCAGUUUCACCUCUUUGGAGCUUCUUCAAUAGCGUUAGCGGCAUAAUCUAGUUGUUUUGUUUAAAAGUGUUUUUAUUUGCAUUUCUUAAAAUUUGAAAGUCAUUCAGAGCUGCUAGAGAACCGAUGGAAAAACAACAAUUGACUGUUGCCUGCAGUGACAAUAUCGGAGAACAGGUGAAAAAUAUUCGUUCUGCAUAUUAUUAGCUGUAAAAUUAUUUGUAUUUAUUGUGUACAAAUGUUAAAUAAAAAAA